AAGUCCUUCACUGUAAAGCUAAAGUGCUUUUGUUAAAACAGUCAGUCAUUUGGUUGCUGUUGAUCUGAUGAGCUUCAACACGAUAUAUUUUAUGCUGAUGUUGGUCAGAAUGGCUCCUGCUCUUCCUCUGAUCUUUCUGCUCAUGAUUCACGUUUCGUUUGGGUUGUUCCUGUUUUGGCAUGGGGCCGGUCACUAAAAUAGACUUUAAAAAGAGGAAGGAAAAAAAUUGCAAAAACAGCAGAAGAAAGUUUUCAGCUCGCAUUUGCAGUUCACUCUCCUGGAGUCUGUUUGCUGUGUCUGAAACUACAACACGUUUUCUGCAGUGAUGUCACAGAUACCGGCUCCUUCUCUUCUUCUGGUUUUUAUGCUCAUGAUUUCAGGAGUUUGUAGCCAGUGGAGUGUGAGUUACAGUCCUUCACACAUCUGUGCACUAAAGGACUCAUCAGUGAUAAUGAACUGCACUUAUACAUACCCUGCUGGAUAUCAGAUCAAGAAAGUGUUCUGGACAAAAGCCUUUAUUAGGGGUGUAAAGCCUCCAGAUCUGUCUAAGGACCCUGAAUACAGACAGAGGCUUCAGUAUCUGGGAGAUAAACAGCAGAACUGCACCAUCAGACUGAGUCAUGUGACACUGAAGGAUUCACACGAGUACUAUUUCAGAUUCAUCACUGAUAUACCUGAUGGUAAAUGGACUGGUAAACCAGGAGUGACUCUUACUGUCACAGAUCUUCAGGUGGAGUCUCCUGAGAGAGUGACAGAGGGAGAUUCAGUCCGUCUGACAUGUAAAAGCAGCUGCACUCUGACUGACAGAGCAACAUUCAUCUGGUACAGAAACUCACAGCCAUUAACUACAGGAAUUAUUGGAAACCAGCUCAACCUCUGGAGAGUCAGCAGAGAAGAUACAGACAGAUAUAGCUGUGGUGUAGAUGGACACAGUUACAGAUCUCCUGCUGUUCAACUCAAUAUCAGAUAUCCUCCAGAGAAUCCAGUGAUCUCCAUCAGUCCAUCUGGUGAAAUAAUGGAGGGAGAUUCAGUGACUCUGAUCUGCAGCAGUGAUUCAAACCCUCCUGCAGAAAUCAGCUGGUUUAAAGGAGGAACGUUUGUAGGAUCUGGAAGAAUCUACAGCAUCUCAAAGAUCAGCUCUGAUGACAGUGGAGAAUACAAGUGCAGAUCCAUCAAUGAACAUGGAGAGAAAUACUCUGAUGCUGUGACUUUAAACGUCAUGUAUCCUCCCAGGAACGUCUUAGUGUUGAUAUCUGGAUCUGGUGAAAUAGUGUCAGGAGAUUCAGUGACUCUGAUCUGCAGCAGUGAUUCAAACCCUCCUGCUCUGAACUUCAGCUGGUUUAAGGAGAAUGAAAGCUCAGCUGUUGGAUCUGGACAGAGUUUCAGUGCACUACAGAGUGGACGCUUCUACUGUCAGGCUCACAAUCAACAUGGAUCUCAGAGAUCAGACGCUGUAACUGUCACAGUUCAUCAUCGUCUCGGUUGGCAUGUCUGGUUGGGGAUCUCAGUGGCAUGUGUAGGAUUCUUCAUCAUCAUCAUCAUUCUGUUUAUAAUGAGAAAACGAAGAGAUGCAAACACUGAAGACCUCACAGUGAAACAGGACAAUCUGUACUCUGACGUAACAGGGAGAGACGUUCAUGUUUCUGAAUCAGCUGAUUUUGACGACGCUCAGUACACCACUGUUGCUUUCAGCAAACCCAGAAGAGACAGAAACGCUCCUGAUCGCAGAGAUUCUGAGGAGAUCCAGUACGCAACUGUACAACAUCACAAAAACAAACAGACCAAGAGAUCAGAGGAGAACGAAAGCCAGUACGACAAUAUCAGGAUUCACCAGCCUGAAUCUGCUGUGAGGCGAUCAAAUGUUGAAUCUGUGGAAGAGGCUUCUGUGAUCUACAGCCGUGUCAAAUGAUGAUAAUAGAGACCAUCAUGAAGACAAAGACCAAAACAAAUAAUAAUUACAGGUGCAUCUCAAUAAAUUAGAAUAUCAUGUAAUUUUUUUUUUUUUUUUUCUGUAAUUUAAUUCAAAAAGUAAAACUUAAAUAUAUUCUAGAUUUAUUAGACAUAAAGUAAAAUAUUUCCAGACUUUUUUGUUUUCAUUUUGAUGAUUACAGCUUACUGCUCAUCAAAAUCAAAAAAAAAAAACAGUAUCUCAAAUUAUUAGAAUAUUUAAUUUCAAGUUCUAUUAAAUUACCUGUAGGAACCAUGGACGAACUAGACAAAUGAAUCAUUCAGAUGAUUCUUUCAAAACAUAAUUCCAGAAACCUAAGCUCAGAGAAUCUAAUUUUCGGCUCCAGUCCGUCUACAGAACAAUCCCUGCUAGGUAUUUUUAUGGCACAAAUGCUUCCUGACUGAAGGAGAGGUGACAAAACUCAAGCCAUUUGUAGCAACCAAAUGGUCACCGGAAGAUAAAGCGUCUUUGAUCUCCAGAUCAAAAGAGACAGAGAGACAAUGUAGGCCUGUUUCUAACUGUUCCUAACUUUACAGAAAAACCCACAAAGAAGGUUUCUACAACUAAAACGGACUGAUCAAACAUCUUUCAACUGCAUAAAUGUUAUAUCAUGUUCACACAUUCUACAUGUAACCAGUUAUGUUUUAGAACACCCAUGUCAUGUAACUGUAUAACUAUUGAAUGGUUGAAUGAAAGUAUUUUGUGUUUGAUAUAUGUUUUAAUCUCUUCUUCUCAUUUAAAUCAUGGCUUGAAUGAAAUCUGUGUAAAAUGUAUCAUAUUCCAUUUAAUAGAAAUUAUGUCUAAAACGCUACACUCUGCCAAAGCCGGCAAUUCCAGAGACCAGAGAUAACGCUUAUUUUAUGAUUGGGGGCAGAGAAAAUCCACCUUUGAAACAAGACGAUAUCUAAUUGGUCAGAACUCCUCACAGAGGUGGGACAAACACCUAAGUUUAAAUAGUCACAUCACAAGACAAAGAACUAGUAACAAAAAAGUAAAGAGUAACAAGAAGAACAAAACAAAGACAAGACCAAGCUGACAAAGGACAGACAAGCAGCUCAUUCAAGCCAUCCAACUUUUACUCACUUUUCGUUUCUUUUACUUAACUUUCUUUUCCGUUGAGAGUCUCGUGUUCUAAAUUUGCCGCAAAGUUUAAGCAAUGACUUUUUCCGCCUCAACUUUAACUCCAGCCACGACAAGAGACUUCAUUUCAUUUGCCAGCACGCUCAAACGUGAUUGGUUUUUACCUAACCACAAUCCGGACUUAAAAAGACCCUGCAACAAAUCAUCGACUCGGAAAACCCUUCUCUCCAAACUAAGGACGAGGAGUUUCCCAUUUAAGCCUACAAGCAAGUACCUCCAGAUUCUAAAGUUGAACUGGUGCUUAAAUUAAUGAUUCAUAGUUCGUUCAGGUCAGGUCUUUUGAAGUGCAUAUUUUGCUAGAAAUCCUGCUCAUCAUUUCAUUCUCUCUUAAAACUCUUUCUCUCUCAUUUCCUUUCUUUCUGCAACGUGUAUGAAUGUUUGUGUGUGUGUGUGUUUGUGUUAGAUUAGUUAGAAUAAUCAAUAAAGUCUCUUGUAGAUUUUAAAAGAAA